AUGACUGAGCCUGCAAGCUCUGAAGACAUCACCGUCACCUUCCAUAUCAAAUCUUCGGGCGGCCAGAAAUGGACUCUGUCUCUUCCACUCGCAACCACCACCCAAGAUCUCAAAACCAAACUCGCCACUGAAGAAUAUGCCAAUGUUCCUGCAACUGCACAGCGCCUAAUCUACAGUGGAAAAGUCUUGAAAGACAAUGACACCCUAGCCACGCACAAUGUCAAGGAUGGCAAUACCAUGCACUUGGUCAAGAGCGCUGCGAGUAAUCAGAGACAAAACCCAGCCAGCCAAUCUUCUUCCACAUCCAACCCCUCCACAACUACACCCCAGGCAUCGGGUGUUCCCCAGAAUUUGGCCGCAGGUACAGGCAAUGACCCUCUAGCAGGUCUGACUGGAGCCAGGUACGCCGGCUUUGCUCAAUUGCCGAGUGCAAGCAUGUUCAACACACCACAGACCCCCGAGGAUAUUGUCCGCCAGUUAGAGGAUCCGAACUUCCAACAGAUGAUGAGAGAGACCAUGAACAACCCACAAUUUAUCGACAUGAUGAUCAAUGCAAACCCUCAAUUGCGCCAGAUGGGCCCCCAGGCCAGGCAGGUUCUACAAUCCGACUAUUUCAGACGACUCAUGACCGAUCCCCAGGCUCUACGAUCUAUGAUGCAGAUGCAACAGCAAAUGGGAGGCGGAGGAUUUGGAGGCAUGGGCGGACAAGAGGCUUUCCCAGCACCAGGCGUCACCAACACCACCGAGGCAAGAGAAGGCCAGAAUCCCGGUUCAUUGGAUGGCCAAACUCAGCAACAGCCAAACCAGCAGAAUCCUUUUGCAGCCAUGGGAAAUCUGGGUGCCAAUCCGUUUGCAAGUCUGUUUGGUGCACCAUUUCCGACCACCCAACAGAAUCCUUCGUCACCAGGCACGCAAACCAAUCCUCCCAAUACCGAUCAAACAGCUCAGCAGCAACAGCAACAGCAAAAUCCCUUUGCAGCAUUAUUCAAUCCAGGAAUGUUUGGUCAAGCGCCACAACAAGGCCAGAAUCCCCCUUCAAAUCAAGAUCUCCAAAGCCAACUACAGGCCCUUCAAGCACUUUCCCAGCUUGCACGUGACGGUGGUGGUCUAGGUGGUGGUCCGGGUGCAGGAUCAGAGAAUGAUCCUAAUAACUUCAACAAUCUUUUCAACAUUUUCGGAGGUGGACAACCCGCAGCACCACCUGAUAACCGUCCACCAGAGGAGAGAUAUGAGACCCAAUUGCGUCAAUUGAAUGACAUGGGAUUUUACGACUUUGACCGCAAUGUUCAGGCGCUUCGCAGAACUGGAGGUAGCGUUCAGGGGGCGAUAGAGUAUCUACUCAGUAACAUCUGA